AUGAAGUAUGUAAGGGACUUCAAGUCUCUGAAAAAUUGUACUCCUUUUGGUGGGGGUACUGGGUUCUUGCCUCGGCUCAUAUCAUUGUACGCAAUUCAGUGUUCUGAGGAUGAACCAAAGUUUCGAUUUCUGAUUAGAUUUCCAGCAAAUGGCUGUGAUGCUCUUUCCAAUUCCCAAUCUUUUCAUCCGAACACAACCUUGGUUGGGGAAGGACCAUGGGAUGAGAAGAAGAAUCGGCUGUGUAUGGUUGCCUGCCGAAUCUUAAAUCCAAUGGGUUCGAAGAGGAGUGCCCGAGUUGGAGAUUUUUCAAUCAGGUUGAGCUUGAGCUAUCCUGCAAUUUGGACAAUCAGAAAUAGUUCAACCAUUAUUGGACAACUUUGGAAUAACAAGACUGUCUAUCCUCAGAUUUCUAGCAUAUUUUUGACAGACUUCUGUAUUCGAAACUUUUGUGCAAGAGCUAAAGCCAAUGUUUAUAUUGAUCUCCACUUUGUAGUGAUUAACUCAAAUCUUCUUUAUUUUGAUUCUUUGUUCUCGGUGACAAUUGAUAGGACAUUUUCAGAUACUCUAAAAUGA